GUUGAUCUAAAGAAUAUCGAGCCGGAUAUGCUAUUUGAAAUACAGCUCCGGGAACCGCGUUGGAUGCCUGCUUGUUACAGAGAUGAGUGGCGACAACGUCAAGUUGUUUGUGGGAAACCUUCCUCUAGAUGCGACUCAAGAUGAGAUCAAUAAACUCUUUGCUCCUUACGGGGAAAUCAACACCUGCUCCUUGCUCAGACAGUAUGCCUUUGUUACCCUGAAGGGAGAAGGUGCUGCGGACAGGGCCAUACGGUAUCUUGAUGGCAAGGAGUACCGAGGCAGGCCCCUUGUGGUGGAGGAGUCACGCGCACGUCCCCCCAACUCCACCAAAGUGUUUGUGGGAAACUUGAGCGCCACAUGCUCUGCCGAUGACCUGCACGGCCUCUUCUCAACAUUCGGGAGAGUUUUAGAUUGUGACAAAGUCAAAGCCCGAUUAUGUUCAAAUGUGGGCUAUGCAUUUGUACAUAUGGAAAGGAAAGAGGAGGCCAUGGCAGCCAUCGACGCGCUCAAUGGGACCAUUUUCAAGGGCCGUCAGCUGGCUGUAGAGCUCUCCAAAGCUCAACCUUUAGUCAACCAGCUUAUGUCGUCUGGGAACUCAGUCGGUGGUAGAGAGGGUCUCCUUCCUCGGCCAGCAGGCUCCAUGGAGCAUCACCAGAGUCACGCUGCUGUGCUCGCGGCAGCUGCAGCAGCCGCUGCCGGACUUCCAAUACAAGUUCAACAAAGCGUCCAUAACUCGUUUUACAACACCACAUCCUUCGAUCCCACCUAUGCUGCCCUGAAAGGCAUUACAAGUUCUAAAGGCGCAGACGGUGUCAUAUACGGUGCUCUCGCUAGUCAGGUGUACGGAUCUGUCGCUGACCAGGUAUACCAGGACAUGGCCAAUCACAUUCCUGUUCCCACCGCCGCAGAGGACUACGAGGUUCAAAGCGGGCCGGACCCAACAACACUUUUUGAGGCUGCAAGAGCCAAGUUUUUCCAGGAGGGACAGAAGGUUCUGGCCGAGCAGCAGGCAGGGAGAAAAACAACAACAACAGCACCUACCAAUACAACAACGACAACAACCACGGGCAGUCCAGAAACAGAGCGGGACCGCAGCCCGAUCAGAGGGAACCGGACGCCUUUGCUUCCGGACCCAUCUCCCGGUUCCUUUGCUCAAAAUCGCACCAAACGCCGAGCUCUCCUGCCGACGCCGCCCGGGGUCGCUGAAGACCCCGCCACUGGACCUGCCGAAGGGGCCGAUCCUGUCGCGAGGUCCUACUCAGAAUAUUACCAGCAGAUGCAUCAGUACCAACAGUACCAGCAGCAGUACCAGCAACAGUACCAGUACCUCCAGUACGCCUACACCAAUCCUCCUCCGCCCCCUCCUCCACCGGCCUCCGCAGAUUCCACCGACUCGGUCCCGCCGCCUCCCGGCACGUACACGACGGCGCCGGCUUACUCGGCCACCCAAGACUAUGGACCCCCGGGCACCUACGAACCCCCCUCCAAUUACAACACGUCGCAGAGCUACUCCGGCAGCUACGACGCCUCGGCCGCCUACGAUGCAUCGGGAGGCUACGGGGCGGCGGGAGCGUACGAUACAUCCGGAGCUUACGCAGCAGCGGGAAGCUACUCCGCAUCCUCACCCUAGAGUGGGAGGGAGCCAAACUCUGAGCCCUUGCCCUGGACGUACGCCACGCGCCGCUGUAGCGCGGGAUGGGGGAAAACGGCAGCGUUAGGCCCCCCCGAAAACCGCUGUGGACGAUGGGGGGUGGCCCCUCCCCACUAAGGUAAACACUCAGACCACACACUCCUGCCCCGGCCGCCCCGAAAAAACACGCGUCACACGGUUUUGCAGACAUUCUGACGCACACACAUCGACGUCCGGAUCUGUUUUCAGGAAAUUCCUCACCUCAGUUUCACCCUUUUGGAUGUUCUGUUUUGUUUUUUUGCCCCUGUCCACUUCUGCCAAACUCAUCCUCAUACAUUUCCUCCCCUGAAGACCAUACAUGUAUGAUCUUCGAAGAUGGUGUUGAAGCAGGCGCAUCGAUAGCUGAGGUCACCUCGUUAGGUUUGCCUUUUUUUUUUUUUCUUUCCCCCACUCCACUGUGGCCACAUUAGGGUUAAGUGCCUUGUUUUGAAGGUCACACCGAUAGCCCCCCCCCACCCAAUAGAGAGGCCGACACCAAGCUGGCGCAGGAUCGGUUGCUGGUUCAAAGCUCCACUCGCCCUCAAGUCCCCCUCUCAAUCGUCACCGCGACAAUUUUCAAUGCCACUCUCAACCUGUAUGAGGUUUUCCUUUCUUUUAAAUGACAUUUUGUCCCGUGUUCUUUUGAAAUGUUUAAUUAUCAAUAAAAAAAAAA